AUGCCAAUACAACAAUACUUUAAAUGUGAUCAAUGUGGAAUGAAAUUUCCGACUGAUGAAGCUUUAUUUAAACAUAAGACAAGAUUUUGUAUUGGCGUUAAAGAUUCAGGAAUUGGACGAAAAUUUAUUUAUUCAGAUGAUGAAGGAACUGACAUUACCACAAAUAAGAAUUAUACAAUACAAUCAGCAGGAACAAGCGUUUUGCAACAUAAAUCAUCUGUUGAAAAAAAACGAGAAGAAAUUGAUGAAUGGAAACGACAACGUGCAAUCCUUCAAAGAGUCGAAGAUAUGGAAAAUAGAAUACUACAUGAUCGAUUAAAAACACAAAAAAUAGCCAAUUAUAUUAAACAACAAGAUAAUAUUUAUAAUGAAAUUUUUCAUGAAUACGAGCGAUUACGAGUAAAAGAACAAGAUCUUUUACGUCAUUUAUAUAUUUUACAAACCAAACAAUCAUCAAUAAAUGAUUUUAAUACUAAAGGCAAACAGACGAACGAUUCGAUUGAUAAUCCAAUAUAUCAAUUUGAAGAAUUACAACGACGAAAUCAUCGUCUUGAAAGAGAACGUCGAAUUAUUCAAAAAAAACUUGAAGAGUUAAUAGCUACUAAUAAUCAAUCAUCAAUUAUGUCAAAUUAUGAUCCAUAUAAAUUUUUACGUGAAAUGAAAGAACAACAACAACUUAAUGAAAAAGCUUUAGAAUUUUUACGAGGACGUUUCGCGGCUUCGAAAGGUUCAGCAUCAAAUAUAAACGAAGUUCCAUUUUUACCAUAUAUUAAUACUGGUUCAACUCGAUCUCGACCAACGGAUAGUGAUUAUAUCAGAAAUUUUCGACAAGGCUACUUAUAUUCUGGUGGUCAUGAUGCAAGAGUUCUUUCACGCUAUGGUGAACUUGAACAUAAAUUACGUUCAGACGAAGGUAAUCCAUGGUUGAAAGGACAACCUGAACCAUUACGACAAGCUCGAUAUCAAUCUACUGAUCAUCUGAGUACUGAAAGUAAAGAAUUCCAAAUAGCUAAUGAAGAAAAUUCACGAUUAAAAAAUGAAUUACAUGAUAUGUAUAGAAAAUUCAGUGCACUUGAUAAACGGACAAGACAAUUAGAAUUAACAAUGGGCUCAAAUAGUACGACGAAUAUUAAUAAUAAUCAACGUCCUUAUCAAUCACAAAUGGAUGUUUAUUCAAAAUCUUAUUCAUUACCCUAUGAAAAUAAAACGGAUCAAAAAUAUCAACCGAAAUCUGCAUUUUAUUCACAAUCUGAAUUACCAGUUCGCGAUAAUCAUAAUGAUCAACGUCGAAUAUAUCAUCAAACAUCAUUACCUUAUUCUGAUAAACGUCUAACACCUCGUCAAAGUCCAGCUAUAAAUCUUUUAGAUUCAAAUAUGUAUAGAUUACAUGAUACUUUAGCUCCUCAAAGUUAUGAUCCAACUGGUGGUUUUAUUAUAUUUUUUGAUUUUAUCAUUAAUAUGCCUUCGACAGUUCAACAAUGUCGUCUUGUAACAUCUCUUCAUCAUCCAAAAUCUGGACUUGGUGAACCAUCAUUAUUAGAACCAGUCAAAUGUAAUCAAUUUGUUGACGAACGAACCGGUGAAAAUAUGCGUAUAGCAUUAAUUGCUACCAAACAACCUGUAUUAAGAUGUCCACCACAUCAAGCAUUGACUGUGAUUAUUGAAGUACAAACAUCAACAGAUAAACAAGCACCAAGAGAACAAUUGCAAACUAGUGCAUUAGCAAAACUAGCAUUAUUUGAUGAUAAGAAUCGAUUAGCAAGUGGUCGAUGGAAGGUACCUUUAAAACUACCAUCAUUUAAUAUCAGUGAAAGUCUUGCUGUAAUUAGUCUACGUCCAUCGUAUGAAAACGCUGAAUUAUAUUAUCGAUUAGUUAAUUCACAAGACGGUGAUGAACAAGCGAAUACACCAUUAACGCCUAACCUCAGAAAUCUUUAUACUUAUCCUUUACAAGUGAGUUUAUUAACAAUUAUUUAA